CCCGGAAGUAUACGAGGAAAACUUCAGAGGAGAGCGUAAGACAACCUGGCUGUACCUGAGAGUGCAGUUACUGCUGUUACACACGCUGCAAGUCCGAAAUAACAAUGUCCUUAACGGUUCUGACCUCCGCUUACAGACUGAGGUCAAUCUGCAGACUGCAGCGAAUCCAGAGUCACAUGAUGUCAAGUCAUGCAGAACCGGAGGUUCUUCUGGAGAAAGUGGGCAGAGCUGGUGUGAUCACAAUGAACAGACCUAAAGUCCUUAAUGCCCUCAACCAAACCAUGACCCGGCAAAUCUAUCCCCAGCUCAAGAAAUGGGAAAAUGACAAUGAGACGGACAUUGUGAUUAUUAAAGGAGCGGGUGGAAAAGCCUUUUGUGCCGGUGGAGACAUCAGAGCGGUCACAGAAGCAGGGAAGGUCGGUGGCUCUCUUGCACAGGACUUCUUUCGGGAUGAAUACACUCUGAACAAUGCUAUAGGAACGUACAGGAAGCCGUAUAUUGCCCUUAUUGAUGGCAUAACAAUGGGAGGGGGUGUGGGCCUCUCAGUUCACGGACGGUUUCGAGUGGCCACUGAGAAGACGCUGUUUGCCAUGCCAGAGACUGCCAUCGGGCUUUUCCCUGACGUGGGAGGUGGCUAUUUUCUGCCGAGGCUCCGAGGGAAGUUGGGACUGUUUCUUGCCUUGACGGGCUUCCGACUCAAAGGACGUGACGUACAGAGGGCUGGAGUUGCCACUCACUUUGUGGAGUCAAAGAAGAUCUCGGACCUGGAGAAGGAGCUGGUGGACCUGAAGUCUCCGUCUGCUGAAGACAUCUCUAGAGUGCUCGACUCCUUCCAAAAGCAGAGCAGUCUGGACUCUGAAAAGCCUUUCAUCUUGGACAAGCACAUGGCUGACAUCGACAGGCUGUUCAGCUCCAGCAGUGUGGAGGGCAUCGUGCAGAACCUGAAGGCAGAUGGCUCCGAGUUUGCAAAGAAACAAGCUGAGACCCUGUCCAAAAUGUCUCCCACGUCCCUGAAGAUCACCUACAAGCAGCUGCAGGUCGGUGCAACUCUGAGCCUGCAGGACGUGUUGGUGAUGGAGUAUCGACUGAGCCAGGCCUGCAUGAGAGGCUGUGACUUCUAUGAGGGUGUACGAGCUGUGCUGGUUGACAAAGAUCAGAGUCCCAAGUGGAACCCAUCGACGCUGGAGGAGGUGUCCGACCACAGCGUGGACCAGUGCUUUUCCUCUCUGGGAGAGAAGGACCUGACUUUCUGAUGUCGCGUCAGCCAGCAGCUGCUUCCCACCUUCAAACAGACACCGCUAAGCCUUCUCUGAACGGCUGCUUCCUGCCCACACAUGCUUUUACGGUCAGUCGUUUAAGAGGACUGUGCUGCGUGCUGUGGAUGGAAGUCAGUCUGUUGUUUUAUCACAAACACAUACAUAAGUCAGAUGCUCAAAUGGUUUCAUUCUGUCGUAGUGUUGAAGAGUCUCACGUUCUUCUGGUGACGUUUUACAAAAAAAUCCUCUGUUCUUCUGCAGCUGAGGAAAAAUAGGUCUGAUUCAUGUUCACGGGCAGGUAUCAAAAAUAGUAACAGGAGAGGUAGCUAACAAACACCCAGUGUGUCACAGGUAGAGUGUUUAGUGUAAACUCGCUCUGCAGUGGAGCUGGAGUCUUGUCUACAAAGGCUGAUACAGAUCAACUGUAGCAUCACGUUAACAUGAGGACAACGGAAGGAAAAAUGAUCUCACCAUAGAGUGCUUUAUUCCAUUUCCUGUGGGUGUUUGUUGAUGUGACACGGAUCGGUGUCGUCUGCAGGCUCGCUGGUUGUAACACACAACGCGUUUUGUCUCUGUUUUCUUAUAAAUGCUAUCUAUUGUGAUUUUAACUGUAGCAUGGAUUAACAUUCUGACACAUCCAAGCAGCACUCCCCGAACAAACAGCAGAUGUUAGUGGCUGAUUCAGUAUCUGCUCUGAAUGCAUUUGUUUGAUGUUUAUAAAAACGAAUAUGACAAGUCUGUAUCGUGUGAUAUUGUGUGUUUUUAUAUUUACAAUUUUUCUGAUGGACACUAUUUGUUCAGAGGGAACUGAAUCGCUUCCUUCAUCAUUAGUUCUCCAAAGCUGCAUUAUUUAUGAGUCAGAUUAAGCAUCGAUGCAGGAACAGAUGGCAAUAAAGAGAGUUAGUAACAAAA